CAGCUUCCGCCGCCGCGUCGCUUCGGGUCUCGAACGUCGGGUUCGCGCUGCCUCCGCCGCCGUGGGGCAGUCGGGGGUCCCGAGGCCCACCGAGGGGCGCACGGCGGCGUGGCCAUGGGUCUACGCCGAAACCGGUGACAGCAGGGAGCCUAGCGGCCCGGGCCCUGAGCGCGUCUGCUCCGGGGGGCCUCGCCCUCCUGCUCGCGGGGCCGGGGCUCCUACUGCCGUUGCUGGCGCUGCUGCUGGCAGCCGCGGCGGCCAGGAUAAUGUCGGGCCGCCGCUGCGCCGGUGGCGGCGCGGCCUGCGCGGGCGCAGCAGCCGAGGCGGUGGAGCCGGCCGCCCGCGAGCUGUUCGAAGCGUGCCGCAACGGGGACGUGGAGCGAGUCAAGAGGCUGGUGACGCCCGAGAAAGUGAACAGCCGCGACACGGCGGGCAGGAAAUCCACCCCGCUCCACUUCGCUGCAGGUUUUGGGCGGAAAGACGUAGUUGAAUAUUUGCUUCAGAAUGGUGCAAAUGUCCAAGCACGUGAUGAUGGGGGCCUUAUUCCUCUUCAUAAUGCGUGCUCUUUUGGUCAUGCUGAAGUGGUCAAUCUCCUUUUGCGACAUGGUGCAGACCCAAAUGCUCGUGAUAAUUGGAAUUACACUCCUCUCCAUGAAGCUGCAAUUAAAGGAAAGAUUGAUGUUUGCAUUGUGCUCUUACAGCAUGGAGCUGAGCCGACCAUCCGAAAUACAGAUGGAAGGACAGCAUUAGAUUUAGCAGACCCGUCUGCCAAAGCAGUGCUGACUGGUGAAUAUAAGAAAGAUGAACUCUUGGAAAGUGCCAGGAGUGGCAACGAGGAAAAAAUGAUGGCUCUACUCACACCAUUAAAUGUCAACUGCCAUGCAAGUGAUGGUAGAAAGUCAACUCCACUGCAUUUGGCAGCCGGAUACAACAGAGUAAAGAUUGUACAGCUGUUACUGCAGCAUGGAGCUGAUGUCCAUGCUAAAGAUAAAGGUGAUCUGGUGCCUUUACACAAUGCCUGUUCUUAUGGUCAUUAUGAAGUAACUGAACUUCUGGUCAAGCAUGGUGCCUGUGUAAAUGCAAUGGACUUGUGGCAGUUCACUCCUCUUCACGAGGCAGCUUCUAAGAACAGGGUCGAAGUGUGCUCUCUUCUCCUGAGUUACGGUGCAGAUCCAACACUGCUGAAUUGUCAUAAUAAAAGUGCUAUCGACUUGGCUCCCACACCACAGUUAAAAGAAAGAUUAGCAUAUGAAUUUAAAGGCCACUCUUUGCUGCAGGCUGCACGGGAAGCUGACGUUACACGAAUCAAAAAACAUCUCUCUCUGGAAAUGGUCAAUUUUAAGCAUCCUCAAACACAUGAAACAGCAUUGCAUUGUGCUGCUGCAUCUCCGUACCCUAAAAGAAAGCAAAUAUGCGAACUAUUGCUAAGAAAAGGAGCAAACAUCAAUGAAAAAACUAAAGAAUUCUUGACUCCUCUACAUGUGGCAUCUGAGAAAGCUCACAAUGAUGUUGUCGAAGUUGUGGUGAAACAUGAAGCAAAGGUGAAUGCUCUGGAUAAUCUUGGUCAGACUUCUCUGCACAGAGCCGCACACUGUGGUCACCUACAGACCUGCCGCCUGCUCCUGAGCUAUGGGUGUGACCCUAACAUCAUAUCCCUGCAGGGCUUCACUGCCUUACAGAUGGGGAAUGAAAACGUGCAGCAGCUUCUUCAAGAGGGCAUCCCAUUAGGUAAUUCAGAAGCAGACAGACAACUGCUGGAAGCUGCAAAGGCUGGAGAUGUAGAAACUGUAAAAAAAUUGUGUACUGUUCAGAGUGUGAACUGCAGAGACAUCGAAGGGCGUCAGUCUACACCACUCCAUUUUGCAGCUGGCUAUAACAGGGUGUCUGUGGUGGAGUAUCUGCUGCAACACGGAGCUGAUGUGCAUGCUAAAGACAAAGGAGGCCUUGUACCUUUGCACAAUGCAUGUUCUUAUGGACAUUAUGAAGUUGCAGAACUUCUUGUUAAGCAUGGAGCAGUAGUUAAUGUAGCCGAUUUAUGGAAAUUUACACCUUUACAUGAAGCUGCAGCAAAAGGAAAAUAUGAAAUUUGCAAACUGCUGCUCCAGCAUGGUGCAGAUCCUACAAAGAAAAACAGAGAUGGCAAUACUCCUUUAGAUCUUGUUAAAGAUGGAGAUACUGAUAUCCAAGAUCUACUUAGGGGAGAUUCAGCUUUGUUAGAUGCUGCCAAGAAGGGUUGUUUAGCCAGAGUAAAGAAGUUGUCUUCUCCUGAUAAUGUAAAUUGCCGUGAUACCCAAGGCCGACACUCAACACCUUUACAUUUGGCAGCCGGUUAUAAUAAUUUAGAAGUUGCAGAGUAUUUGUUACAACAUGGAGCUGAUGUGAACGCCCAAGACAAAGGAGGACUUAUUCCUUUGCAUAAUGCAGCGUCUUAUGGGCAUGUAGAUGUAGCAGCUUUACUAAUAAAGUAUAAUGCAUGUGUCAAUGCCACGGAUAAAUGGGCUUUUACACCUUUGCAUGAAGCAGCCCAAAAGGGACGGACACAGCUUUGUGCUUUAUUGUUGGCCCAUGGAGCUGAUCCUACUCUUAAAAAUCAGGAAGGACAAACACCUUUAGAUUUAGUUUCAGCAGAUGAUGUCAGUGCUCUCCUGACAGCAGCCAUGCCCCCUUCUGCUCUGCCUUCUUGUUAUAAACCUCAAGUGCUCAAUGGCCUGAGAAGCCCAGCAGCCACUGCAGAUGCUCUGUCUUCCGGUCCGUCUAGCCCAUCAAGUCUUUCUGCAGCCAGCAGUCUUGAUAACUUGUCUGGGAGUUUUUCUGAACUGUCUUCAGUGGUUAGUUCAAGUGGAACAGAGGGUGCUUCCAGUUUGGAGAAAAAAGAGGUUCCAGGGGUAGAUUUUAGCAUAACUCAAUUCGUAAGGAAUCUUGGGCUUGAGCACCUAAUGGAUAUAUUUGAGAGGGAACAGAUCACUUUGGAUGUAUUGGUUGAGAUGGGGCACAAGGAACUGAAGGAGAUUGGAAUCAAUGCUUACGGACAUAGACACAAAUUAAUUAAAGGAGUUGAGAGACUUAUCUCUGGACAACAAGGUCUGAACCCAUACUUAACUCUGAACACUUCCGGCAGUGGGACAGUUCUCAUAGACCUGUCUCCUGGUGAUAAAGAGUUUCAGUCUGUAGAGGAAGAGAUGCAAAGUACAGUCCGAGAGCACAGAGAUGGAGGUCAUGCAGGUGGAAUUUUCAACAGAUACAAUAUUCUGAAGAUUCAGAAAGUUUGUAACAAGAAACUAUGGGAAAGAUAUACUCACAGGAGAAAAGAAGUUUCUGAAGAAAACCACAACCAUGCAAAUGAAAGAAUGCUAUUUCAUGGGUCUCCCUUUGUGAAUGCAAUUAUCCAUAAAGGCUUCGAUGAAAGGCACGCCUACAUAGGUGGCAUGUUCGGAGCUGGGAUCUAUUUUGCUGAAAACUCUUCCAAAAGCAAUCAGUAUGUAUAUGGAAUUGGAGGAGGUACUGGGUGUCCAGUUCACAAAGACAGAUCUUGUUACAUUUGCCACAGGCAGCUGCUUUUUUGCCGCGUAACCUUGGGAAAAUCAUUCCUGCAGUUCAGUGCAAUGAAAAUGGCACAUUCUCCUCCAGGACAUCAUUCAGUCACUGGACGCCCCAGUGUAAAUGGCCUAGCAUUAGCUGAAUAUGUUAUUUACAGAGGAGAACAGGCUUAUCCUGAAUAUUUAAUUACUUAUCAGAUUGUGAGGCCUGAAGGUAUGGUUGAUGGAUAAUUAUUUUAGGAAACUAACUCCACUGAACCUAAAGUCAUCUGAGCAGCUGGUGGCCUCUUAAGUUUUACUCCUUUGCUGAGAAAAAUCAUCUUGUUCACAAGCCUGUGGCAAAAGGAUAAAAAAUGUGAAAGAAGUUUAACAUUCUGACUUGAUAAAGCUUUAAUAAUGUACAGUGUUUUUUAAAUACUUCCUGUUUUUCAGCACUUUAACAGAUGCCAUUCCAGGUUGAAACUGGGUUUGUCUGUACUGAAUUAUAAACAGAGUUAACUUGAAUCUUUUAUACGUUAUGCAUUGAUUCUAACAAACUGUAACUCCCUCAACAGAACUCAUUUUACUAAUACAGUACUGUGUUCUUUAAAACACAGCAUUUACACUGAAUACGAUUUCAUUUGUAAAACUGUAAAUAAGAGCUUUUGUACUAGUCCAAUAUUUAUUUACAUUGCUUUGUAAUAUAAAUCUGUUUUAGAACUGCAGCGGUUUACAGGUUUUUUUCGUAAGCACCGCUCAUCUGCUCUUCAUCCUGCAUCAUCAUGACUGAGUGAUCUUUGCGUUUGAAUUCAGAGGCUGGGUUGAGUUGUCAGCAGAGACUGGCAGCUGGGAAUGAUUUAUUUAUCACAUUUAAUUUGCUGAUGGAGGCAUUUACCAUUCACUAGAAAUCUUUCCCAUUUAAGAGCUUAUUUCGUGAAUUCUCUUCGGAUUUAAUUUGUGCUGCUUUUGUGUGUAUAAGAUACAUUCCAAAGAGCUCUAACUGUAAUAGUCCUGAUUAUUAUAGAUGCAUCUUUACCGACAUCAAACUCUGGGUUUCACAUUGGAAAAAUUGCUCAUGUCAUUUUGUGAAAAAUGGAGCAAGUGCUUUUAUUUUUUAGACAGGUUCAAGUCCUGCCACUGAACUAUUAUGAUGUUCUUUUCAUGAAAUAUAAAUAGAAAGUUAAAUUUCAGAGGUAGGAAUGGUAAUCUUGAAUAAUUUUCCAAUAUGUUCUGAUCACCUUAGAUGUAAAUGGAAAAGAAUAGCAAGUGGGAGUGCAUGGGUUUUUGGUCCUAAGCAUUUUUUUUCCUGUUCUUUUUCCUUGGCCUUACUGUCAUACUUAAAGCCAGUCUGUGUACCAUAGGUUAGCCCCACCAGAACAUGAAAUGUAGGUGCCCCAGUUCUCUCCUAGGCUCCUGAUGGGCAGGGGCAGUGAGAAAGGUGCGUUCUGCUCUGGGUCGCCUCAUAAUGUUACCCCCAGUUGGAAAUAUGCUGUGCACACCACAUGGUGACCAGACUUGUUUGGCAGUUGUGGAGAGAAUGCUGUCCCAUAAAAUGCCAUUCCUGUUUUCUAAUGAAAAAUGUCUUUUCCAUGAAAAAUGCUAAAGCAUCUUGGUACAGAGGUGUAAGUAACAGCUUGUCAAUCUGUUUGUUGACUCUAGCUUCCUCGUAAGUCAAGGCAAGAUUUUUACUCACUUCAGUCUUUGUGAAUGAGGACGUUCCCAUUCACUCUAUACCAGUUUACCUUUGUUUUACAUUUUAUUCAGUCUCUAACUGGCCCUUUAAGGCGAUUUGUAUAUAAAGUGCUAGAAAAUCAUGUUCCUUGUCUUAAGUAAGAAUUAAUCAGAGUAAAUGCAUAUCUGGAGUUUCUAUGAUGUAAAUUGUGAUUAUUAUUUAAGAGGUUAAUUCCUGGCCUUUAAGUGAUUUUAUACAGUUCUCUAAUAAUUGCAAACAUGAUCCUAAAGUCAUUUCUUGGAACUUAAAUGGACUAUGCCAAAUUUUAUAUCAUUUUUCAGGUUCUGGAAGCUUCCAGAUUUUAUAAUUAGAAGAUAAUGAGAUGAGUUAAUGGAGUUUAUAUUUACAUACCUUGUCUCUCAACAUUUAGUCCAUAAUCUUCACCCUAUGAGUGAAUCGAAUUGCUUAUCAUGUAAAAUUAUCGUGGUCUAUGAGUUUACAGUAUUGCAGCCUGUAUUGUUUCAUCUAAUCCAUUGCUUAAUUAGUGUGAUGUUUUUCUAUGAAUGAUUAUAUUGUGGUUAAUAUGUUAGCAUGGCAGUACUUUCAGUUAGCUUUUUGUUUGUUGGGAGGUGGAAGGGGGGUUGGAGGGGUUAGGGGAUUUUUUUUUUUUUUUGGAGUUUUUGCAUGAAAUAUCUUACUUUAUAAUGAUGAAAUUGCUUUUUCUUUUGUGAAUUUUUUUGAAAUGAGAUUUAACUUUUUGUGUGAGUAGGAUUAUUAUAUCCAUCUUGAGUGUCUUUCUUGUACUGUAUCACAUUCCAUACCAUCAUUUAAUUCUUAAUAAACUGUUCACUUGUUUUUCCAGGUAAUUACUGAAGUAGUAUAAAUGUGUUGAAUGGACUGUGAGAAAAUGGAUAAGAUUACAAUAAACCACAAUUGCAGGAAAA